AUGAUAAAACGUAAACAAGUCAUUGCAGUUUUCGGAAUCGGCGAUACUGAGGCGACGCGUUGUAGGGGUUUUGUUUCUUGUAAUAUUGCGCCUAAGGCUUAUCUGAAGAGACUAUCCGAAAGACACAAACCAAAGAAAUCAAAAGUAUUUUCUCAGCAAAACGUGGAGACUUUUUUGAAUGACGCGCCUGAUAAGGAAUUUCUCGCAACAAAAAUUACCGAUAUGCCCAUAGUAUACAAAACAAGAGAAGGUGCCAGAAAAAGAGUACCAAUCGAUGAAGGAAAAUUGCGAUCGGCAGUGGGCGAUGUCAUCGCCGGUGCGAGUAUUCGUGGUACUGCAAAAGGGUACGGGUUAGCCGUUAUGACACUGAAAAGGUACGUGAGGAAGAGGAAAGGUACUACUACAACUGAUGAAAUUGAUUACACUCCAAAUUAUCGUCACUCACAAAUUUUUUCAACUAUGGAGGAGAGUGAACUUGUCAAUUACCUAAUGAUGGCCAAUAAAUUGUAUCAUGGAUUAACACCUAAGAAUGUACGACAAUUGGCAUUUCAAUAUGCUAUUGAAAAUAAAAAGGAAGUUUCGCUAAAAUGGUCCGAAAAUGAAGAAGCCACCUAUGAUUUAUGCACCGAAUUUAUAGUUGAAACGAAACGAACCUUCUCCAGUCUGAAAUUCUCAAACGAAACUAAAUUCCGCAUCCGUUGCUAUAGUUACGAAUUGUCAACAACAAACUGUCAAGUCAAGAGUUUCAAUCUGAUGGCAGAGCUGCAUGUAUUGGGGCAGUUGAAUUGUGCGUGUGACUUCAAAGAGACUUCUUCGCUGUUUUGUCGAUAUUCUUUCCAAGCUGGACCGAAUUGGACAGUAAUAUCAGGUUGCUCUGAAGGUCAAACUGUAACAGGGAAACCUGAUUACCGUAAACAAGUAGUUUGGGCUCAACCACUUGACAUACAUUACAUCACCAAGGGAUUGCAAGGUUGGCCUAAAUUGGUGUUGCAGGUAAGCUGUCUAGAUUCAAUUGGCCGUGCCUGGAUAGUGGGGUACAGUUGCUGCAGCUUACCUGUUGUCCCAGGUCAUCAUGUUCUUGAUGUACCUUGCUGGCUCCCUUCUGCUACUACACUGACUGACAGGAUAAGGGAAUAUUUCCUAGGUGGUUCUCUUCAACUGUUGAAUACUGAUAUUAUUAAUUUAGGUACUGAUAGGUUUAAAUUAAAAACGCAGUCUAAAGGCUCUAUUAAAUUAAGUAUUGAUAUAAUUUUAAGAAAUUUUAGUCAGUUUGGUGUAGAGUACAAGUAA